ACAGCUGCACUUCUCAGGCGGCCCACGACACCGAAACCCAGUAUUUCGAUUACGACGGCCACUUUCGUCAUAUAUGCUCUGGUAGCUGAACUUUUGACCAAUCUUCCUUCCUAUAAUGUCGCUAUUACACUAUCUCAGCUAUGUCGGUGCAGCAGCCGCAUUCAUAUUCGUGACACUGUCCCUUGCAAGUGGCUUGCUUUGGCUAUCAGAAUUGAUUGAGGAACACUCACGGACUGCAAAAUUGGUCGGUCAAAGGGGCAUAUAUGCCAUCAUAAUCCUUCAUAUAGUGUUGUACUUUUUCGACUCAUUGCCCUUCUGGCACGUCCUGUUCUCGAUCGUGUGCCACUUGAUAUACCUGCGGAAUUUCACUGCACGCUGGCCAUUCAUCUCACUAUCGUCUUGGAGUUUCAUUGCAUCGUGCUUUGUUGUGGUGAUCGACCAUUUCAUGUGGUUUUUUCAUUUUGCCCAUGUCACUCAGGAAGCUCGGCAAAGAUCCAGAAGUGUCUACCGCGGACCGCAAGCAAACAAUGUUCCAGGCUUUGCAGAUAUUGCGACGUUCUUCGGUGUAUGUGUGUGGCUUGCACCGUUAUUUCUGUUCCUCAGCCUGAGUGCAAAUGACAAUGCACUACCUAUGAACCUUGGGAGUACGGAUGUUCCGAGCACGCCAACAAAAGUCUCAACUCCAAUGAUUCAAAAGCCCAAAGGCUCUUUAUUCAAAUCUUUUUACGAUGCAUUGUCACUCGAUUCCAUACCACGACUUCGUUCAAUACGCAGACGAGACUCGACGCAAGGAAUUAUUGCACCGCCGUCCCCGAAUAUACGACCAUCAUCCCCAUUACCAUCACCCAAUCCACUACGUCGUACCCCCUCGGCUGCGAGUCUGCAUCCACCCAUAGGUUCUCCAAGGCGUCGGCCUUCAGGAGACUCUCCAGCUCCUCCAUACUCUGGAUAUCUGAGUCCAAAUUCUAGAGACGGUAUGCAAUCACCUGAAGCAUUGUCCCCCUUUGUUCUGGGGUCGCCUCCAAGACGGGUCAGUGCUCCAGGAAUUCCUCUAAGAAGAUCUACGGUAGAUGGACGAUUAGAGAUGAGGAGGGCGGCAAGUUCAGGGUCUAGUUCUGGCUUCCGGCUUGACGAAGACUCGUAGGGACAGUAUUUAUUACUCACAUCAUGACUGUAUGUAGCUACUACCGCAACUGCGCAUGCAUUGCAUGCUGCGGCUUUCGCUUUCCAUUUUCGCAAGAACUUGUUGUACAGAGGUCUUAAUUCUGCAGUUCCCUAAUUUAGCUUUGAUGCAUGAU